AUGUCUUCUUCACUAUCAAGUAAUCUUUUUGGCCGAUUUUCUUCGGUCCUAUCUUCAAGAUUAUCUUCUACAAUUUCAUUUACCAACACAAAUACUUUAUUUAAACCCUUUUUACUUUUUCAAAUUCGUCAUGAUAGUUCUCUAGACAAAUUCUAUAGACCAAGAAAAGUUAAACAUUACCCUCCCCCAAAACCUCGUGAUAAAACAGCUAGAUAUGAUGGAUUCUUAAAGGCGAAACGCAAACGAUUAAGAAGAAAUAAGACUCCUUAA